CCUAAAAUCAAUUGCAGAGGAAAUGAGGCUAAGGAAUCAGGUGAUGCUUCCAUAUAUAGGUCUCUGUGGCAAUUAUUUGAGGCAGAGGAGAUUUCUGAAGAGCACAGUAGCCUAAACUGCAGCCUUUCAGAACAGCUGAGAAGUUCACGGCAAUCAUGAGUGAGACCACAAAGAACUCCUUGGAGAGCAGCCUGAGGCAACUAAAAUGCCAUUUCACCUGGAACUUGUUAGAAGGAGAAAAGUCCUUGGAUAAUUUUGAAGACCGAGUGUGUAACCAAAUUGAGUUUCAGAACAGUGAAUUCAAAGCCACGAUGUACAAUAUAUCGGCCUACAUAAAACACCACAGAGGCCAAAACGAGGCAGCCCUGGAGUGCUUACGGCAAGCUGAGGAGUUAAUCCAGCGAGAGCAUGCUGACCAAGCAGAAAUCAGAAGUCUGGUCACAUGGGGAAACUAUGCCUGGGUCUAUUAUCACAUGGGCAGACUCUUGGAAGCUCAGAUUUAUGUAGACAAGGUGAAACAAGUGUGCAAGAAGUUUUCCAGCCAUUAUAGAAUUGAAAGACCUGAAAUAGAUUGUGAGGAAGGGUGGUCACGGUUAAAGUGUGGAGGAAACCAAAAUGAAAGGGCAAAAGCAUGUUUUCAGAAGGCUCUGGAAAAGAACCCAAAGAACCCAGAAUUCACCCCUGGAUUGGCAAUUGCGAGCUACCGUCUAGAUAACUGGCCACUGCCUCAGAAUCCCGUUAACUCUCUGAGGCAAGCCAUUUCGCUGAAUCCUGACAACCAGUAUAUUAAAGUCCUCUUGGCUCUUAAACUUCAAAAGCUGGGCGAAGAAGGUGAAGGAGAGAGGUUAGUUGAAGAAGCUUUGGAGAAAGCCCCGCAUGCAACAGAUGUGCUUCGCAGUGCAGCAAGGCUGUAUCGAAGCAAAGGUGCCCUGGACAAAGCUAUAGAACUGCUUAGAAAGGCUGUAGAAUGCAUGCCAAACAAUGCCCACCUGCAUUACCAUAUUGGGUGCUGCUAUAGGGCAAAACUCCUCGAAAUACAGCAGGUAGGAGAGAAUGAGGUGUACGGGAAAAGAGAGAAGGUACAGGAACUAAUAGGACGAGCUGUGGAUCAUUUAAAGAAAGCUGAUGAGAUCAAUGGAAAUCUCUCUCAUGCCUGCUCCUACCUUGCCUGCCUCUAUGCACAAGCAGGGCAGUAUGAGGAAGCAGAGUAUUACUUUCAAAAAGAAUUCAGCAAAGAGCUUACUUCUGUAGCCAAACAAGUGCUCCAUCUGCGAUAUGGGAACUUUCAGCUGUAUCAAAUGAAGUGUGAAGACAAGGCCAUCCUCCAUUUUAUAGAGGGUGUGAAAAUAAACCAGGAGUCCAAGGAGAAAGAAAAGAUGAAAAACAAGCUGGAAAAAAUUGCCCAAACCAGACUGUCUAGAAACAGAGCCGAUUCUGAGGCUUUGCAUCUCUUGGCGUUUCUUCAGGAGGUAAACGGAGAAACGGGACAAGCAGAUGAAAACUCUGAAAGGGAUUUGGACUCUGGAAGCCUCAUCCCUUCAGCAUCUUUAGCUGAGGAAUGAGGAACCUGGACAUGGCGCCCUCAGGGCUACUGCUAGAAGGGAGCUGAAACCCCUCAACCAAGUUCGUAUUCAAAAUAUUUAACAACUGGUGUGGCAUAGGCAUGCACUAAGACACUGGCCACCGUACUAGGUCAGGGUUAUGGAGAAUUCUACUGGGCCAGGUGUUAACACUUGAAUUGCUCAUGGAGUUCUGGGACAGACAUUAGGUUGGGGGUAGGUCCUGGGGCUUGGUAAAGGGGCUAUUUUCCAAUGGAAUUCUUGGGAGCGGUUUGCACAGGGACAUUUGCUUAGUCACCCUGCAUAGGGUGAUGCCUGGGGUAUGUUUCUAUGUUGAUAUAAAGCAGCCAGAUUGCUCACACCGGUAGCAAUGUGGUCCAUUUUUACAAUGUUUUUCCAUCCUUGGAGUCGUUUUAGAUCCUGUACAGCUCAGCCCUGCAUAGGCACUAAUGUGCUGCGUCCAUCCAAAGGCUGGAGGAACAAAGCUUAGAGAGGGCUUGGUGUCCCCUCUCUCACUUCUGCCUCCUUCCCCCUUCUCCUCCCCAGGCAAUCCUCAAUCUAGACUCUCCUACAUAACAUGGGUUCAAGUGUCCCAUUAACUGAGGUGGGAACAUAGUUUGAAAAAAAGAGCAGAGAACAGGUCAAAUCUAGAAGGCACAUAUCUAGCAGAAGCAAUGCAGUCCAGGCAACCACAAUAGCAGGGUUUCAGGAGCCACGCAGGGAAAUUUUACCUCCUCUCUGCCCUGCCUGGAAUCAUAAUACAGCAUGUGAAGAACAAAAGAAAGAGGAUUCAAAUCUUCAGGGAAACCACAAAAUUCAUGGUAUGCUUGUGGUCAUUGGGAUUUUCUAGGUAAAUACUGCAUGACCUGCAACAUCAAGGUUAGUGUGAAGCAAAACAGAGUCAGCUGGGCCAGCAUGAGAUCACCAGCCACCCUCUGGGUUGCAAAAUGUUUGCCUGUUGGAAUUAGCUUAAAUUUAAAUGGUGGUUACCAGGGCCUGGGGGUGGGGGAAUGGGAGAGAUGUUGUUUAAAGGUAUAAAGUUGCAAACUUGUGGAUAAGUCCUAGAGAUCUAAUUAAUGCACACUAUAGUGAUUAUAGGCACAAUGUUGUAUUAGAAUCAUCAAACUUACUAAGAGAUAAGAUCUCAAUUAUUCCCACCACAAAAAAAGAAAUGAUAAUUACAUAGUGUAAUAGACAUGCUAUCACUACAAUGACAAUCAUAUUACAAUAUAAAAAUGCAUCAAAUUAACAUGUUGUAGACGUUAAAUUUACAGAAUGUUAUAUGUCAAAUUAUAUUUCAAUUAGUUUAAGUAGAUAUUAACAUUUUAUUAAGCAAUUAAAGGAUUAUACUAUAAAAUUCAAGCUGUUUUUAAAUUAAAAAUUCUAACUGUAACACGGUUUUCAUGUUAUUAUCUGUAUUAAAAAUAGUGUGUGUGCACUUGAGAUCAUCAAUAUGCAAAGUAUGGAUUCCUGAA